CUUCAAAGUAGCGGUUGGACUCAACGAGGAGAACAGUCCGUUACUCUUAUACACCAAAUUAAUAACAAGCUAGAUGAAGUAUUAAAAGAAAACAACCGACUGCGAGAGGAGAAUCAGCGUGUUAUGCCUUUCAUGACAGAAGAGUUCGUAGGUCUAAGACGCAAAGUAGAAAUUUCCCUGCAGGAAAAUAAAAAACAGAGAACAACGCUAUUACCACAACUACCAUUGACCACGAAGGAUGCAAUAUUUGAUUUUGACCGGAGCUUGAAAUCAAGUGAUGACAUGCGGAAGGAGCUAUUCGACAAGUUCCUGUGCCAUUCAAAUACAGAUAUGGCAAAGUUCAUAUCCGGAAAUUUAAAAGCUGUCUUUGGAGACGACAGCCUAGUUACGCAGUUCUCAUGGACAAACUUGAAGGGCAACACGUCCGUUAAGGACUUUACGAUUAUUGAAGUUUUAAAAGAUUCCUGUGUGUCUGCAGUUGGGAAUGCUAAGCUGGACAACACUGAAGCUAUCAUUAAAAGAUUUUUCAACUCUGCAAAGGACCGCGUUAAGAAGCGACAGCAUGCAGUUAACCCGCAGACCUAAACGUUUCACGCAAUUGUCGAGGACAUGAGUCCAAACUUAAUAGAAUUAUAAAUUUAUUAAAUUUAACUUUUUUCUAAUUUUUACAUUCAAACCAAAUAUCAACCUUAAACAUGUUGUAUUUACCUUCUUUAUACCAUGAAAUAGUUAGCUUUUACUAAAAUUUUGAAUACUUACCUUUUGAACGCUUAAAAUGUAUAAUUAUCACUUUAUUGUACAUUUACUUACCUUAAACCUUGAAAACUAUUGUGAAUUCCUUUGUAGCUAACAUCAAGCUGCCUCAUAGGCAAACGAGCAUUUUGUAAUUAUUUGGUCGCUACCCUCGCAAACAGCCGGAUAGUAAUUGAAAUCCCUCUCACACAUUUCAUAUAGUAUAUAAACCGAAUAAACU